GCCUCUCUCUUGGCCUAAUCACAUUAGGGUCAGUUGUGCAGAUCCUCAGUUUCAGGUGGUGUAUGUCAGAUGGGGGCAAAGGGAGAAUGUCUGCGAUCAUCAUCCAUGUUCUUCACAUGGGCAUCUUUACAAGGCUGUGGAGGUGUGUGCGGACGCUGUGGCGUCAGCAGGACAGAGACGUGGGGGUGGCCAGUGUGGUCCUGCAGCAGGCCGACGUGUCCGCUCUGCUCUUGCUGGAGGCCCUGCUCGUUAGCCUCCCGCAGACCCUGCUGCACACACACAUCCUCUUCAGCUCCGACGAGGGCCUCUCCUCUCCUGUGUCCCUGGCGUGUGGGCUGUGCCUGCUGUCCCUGUGCUGGGCGCUGGUCCUGUACGGGCGGGCGUGCUCUCUGCUCCGGCCCGGCCACGUGCCCAUGCCGCCCGCCGCCAUCCUGUGCCAGCUGGUGUGGAGGGGGGGCAUGCUGGGCGCCAGGGUCACCAGCCUGGUCUUCUUCGCCCGGGUCUUCUCCUGGUGGGUGUGCGGCGUCGCUGGUUUCCACUGGCUGGUUGCAUCCUUCUGGCUGGUGUCCCAGCAGACCGACAUCUUCAGAAGCCCUGGACACUGGCGCCUCUUCAACUGUGUCCUGGGAGCUUUGCACGUCUUCUUUUUCCUCAACGUGAAGGAUGGCCCCUGCCGGUUCCGCAUGGCAGCGUUCUACGUGGUGAUGUUGCUGGAGAACUUUGCUCUGCUGCUGUCGGCCUCGGACAUUUUAGCUGAAGCAUCGUGGGCCAACCUGUGCAUCCCUACUGCUGUCCUCUGCAGCUUCCUCAUAGGUGUUAUAUCUGUGACGGUUUAUUACUGGUUCCUUCACCCCAAAUCCACCGAGAUCCUGCAGAGUCUCCACCGAAGCCAGAGUGCCCAAGCCAGCCUGGAGCAAGGCUCCUCUACUGGGGAGAAGAGUGCUCCUGAGGCCUCCGUCCACAGACAUGGCACCUUCUCCAUUACUGGCUAUGCCCAGACUCUGGGUCAGUCGGCACACUCAGAGCUGAGCUCAGAGAAGCACAGCAUGGCUCCCAGACACCACCACUGGUGCUUAAUCUGCCUGGCUGUCAAGACCGGAGACUGGAAUAAGGUCAGCCUUGUUUAUGGCCCAGAGGGAUUGGCUGCUCUGCUGGACGUGACUGAAGGUCCGAAGGGCCUGGACGACGACGAGCCCCGCCCCCGGGACCUGGAGGCUGCGUCGCAACAUGACACCGAAGAGCCGCUCUCGGAGAAGAGGGAGAGCCAGUACUUCACCGUCAGCACGUCCGUGCGCCAGAGCCAGCCUUCAGAAGAGAACAGGGCGGCCGUGGAGAACCACCCAGACUGUUCUGGUUCUGGAACCCAACGGGAGAGUCCAGAGGGGAGGUCCGGUUUGGAGGAGAGCGUGGAGAUGGACUGUGACCUCGAUGACUCGGACACCACGCUGUACUUCAGUGCUGACCCCACCUCCCCUCACUGUGUGGCCGCCGCGUCUGCUGUGGCCAAAGACCCAAACCUGGAGGCCGCAGCGCAGCUGUCCCCCGCCCCCAACCGAGAGCCCCUGCAGUGGGGAACCAGGGAGCUGCUGAGCAGGGAGCCGUGCUUCACCUCCACCCCCAAACACGAGCUCAAGCCCACGGGACACGCAGGGCCUCGGCCAGCAGGGCUCAGAAGGCAGGUCCAGUUUAAGUAG